AUGCCUCGUAUAGACGUACAACCCUCGGUCUUCAACGAUUUACAUCAUGCUAUCGCAGAUCAUCACACACUCACCCUCGGCCACACCCGCCCUCUGUCCACCCUAUCCGAUGAAGCCAAAGUCAUUCUCUUCGACAAGCUUUUCCCCCCACAGCUAGAUCAGCCCAUUUCCGCCCACGCAAACUCAACGCUUCCGGACGUAGAAUCUCGAUGGGACUGCCUGGCAAAGUGGGUCGCACCCGCUCCUGCCGGAUCGUCCUCUUUGUCUCGAGGGAUAUCCACUGGACCCGUAUCCACCUGCUCUACCGAUCUCAGCAAGAUCUUCCGUCCGUUGUUCGAGUCUAUUCCUCAGCUCAGCCGUGGCAUCACCGUCGUACAUGAUGACGAUGCGACCCGCCUCUAUCUCCUCGACAGGCUCGAUCAAGCGAUCGUCCAGGCAUCUCCGACCGAUGCCGUCGACCGAAAUACACGCCAAGCCCUCUGCGACUGGAACACGACGGUACAAGAAUCCAACUGUGCUUGGGGCUCGGAAGAGCUCUUGUACGAGGCCGAGCUCGACGGCGCGUUACGGGUCGGCCUGACAAGAGCUGUCAACCGGUACAUAAGUGAUCCCCGCAACUUCAACGCUGGUCACGCUCCGUCUCGCCCAAUAGGAUGGUCACAUUCUAUCCUGGACGCGGGAGCUGGCGUGACAGAUAGAUUGCUGAAGUCAUCAGAGGGAACCAAAGGCAUGCAAGAUCUCAAGCGAUUAAAAGUGUUGUUAGAGCGGGGCAUGGAAAUGACCGUCGAAGCAGCGGGCCAGAGGACUGGCCCCCCAAGCAACGGGCGACCUACCAAGGGCUUCACUAUCUGGAUCGACAACUCGGCAGCUGGGACAAGGCUGAGGAGUACUGCCGGCCCCGAGGUGCCACUGGAAGCAACGUUUCAGAUAUGGGCUCAGACGCACGCCAACAGAUGCCGCUGGGCGACACUGCACAACACUUCGGCGACCCUUGUCUUCUACUUGGCCAACGCCACCACCCUCCUCGUAUCCAACGUCAUUAGAGGCAAUGCCGGUUCUCAAGUGCACUCUCCUGGUCCCCCACCACCACCGUCUGACACACCUCCCUGCCCGCCCCGAUCACAAACCUUCACCCUUGCGUCCGCCAUGGUUGCUCUCGCCUUGCCCGACGAUGGCAUUCCGCCCGAAAUCCCAAGCUUCCUUUCACCGUGGCAGGGCGACUAUAUCGAUACCAAACGGCAGAUCGCUGCUUACCGGAAAACGCUCAGGGACAAGCGAGCCUCGAGCAAAAAGAAGCGCAAGGCGGAGGAUGAAGCGGAACGGCAACGGCCUUCUCGCCGAGACGAUCGCAGAUCUCCCGGGGCCGACCGUCAGGGAGGGCCGUCCCAUGGACCGUCUGCUGGGUCGUCCGGCAAGAGAAGGGGCGGUAGAGAUGAUGCAGAUGCCGGGCGAGGAUCCCAAUUUCAAGGGAACAGGGGUGCCCCCAGCGGCGGUAAACAGCAUCCUAGGCGGGGGAGUGACGCGGCGGACGCAAGUAUAUAUCUGGGAGAAGUCAGCGACAGCUAUGAUGAAGAAACGCGAGGUCCGCUUCCACCGCUCUACGAUACUCCUUUACAGUCUGCACCGGACGGGGAGAUGCCACCUGGCACUGCUACUGUUGAUGUCAAAGCUGGACAGGACGAUGAUGCCGUUAUCUUUGUCCCCCGUUCCCGCCAGUACAUUCCCAUGCGCGGCACCUCGUUCUUGCCUCACCAGGCCCUACUUGGCCGACCCUUGCAGGCCUUUAUUCAGGGCAAGUCUGUAGGCGCCGUGCCGAUUGACACCCCGUCGGUCCACAUCGGUCGUCACGUCGAUCGAGGUCACUUGUGGGACGUAUUCGAAGGUCUAUUCUACAAUCCCGAACUAUCGACCCCACCCCGUUCUCAGCUCUCGAAUUCCGACCACAGUCCUCAAUCGAUUCUGUCGGUCUCGUCGAUUCCCUCCUUGACCCGAUCGACUUCCACUGCGACCUCCACUCCUUCACCACCGCUGCCUAGCUACGGCAGUCGACCUAUUCGAGUCAUCGUCAAAAUAGUCCAACCAUCCUCACUUGACUGGGGAGAUGUAUUUGACGCUGGGUUGGGGGCCAACGAGUCGAUCCAAGCACUGGAACACGAGGCCAACCUCUAUGAAGAGUGCUUGUCGAACAUGACGAGCAAAGCUGCCCCCGGCUAUUAUGGGCUCUGGCGAUCGACCAAUGGCGUCUAUAUGAUGAUCCUCGAACGAUUAGGAAACGCAGUGUGCGAUGAAUGGGGCCAUGUUCCUACGAUCCUCAAGCCCGAUAUAAUCCGGCUCUACAAUUCGCUUCAUUCAGCAGGGGUGGCGCACAACGAUCUGCAGACCCGCCACAUCCGGUACCGGCUCGAGAGCAGCGAGUGCAACGAGGGCAACGAGGGCAAUGGGGACAUCGAUCCGGCCUGUCCCAAACUGGCGCUGAUAGACUUUGACCAAGCGUCCGUCGUCGCCCCGGACGGACCUGACGUCAGGCAAGAGCGCGAGCGGCUCGGCGGGCUGAUGGGUGUAUCGCCGUGGUGCCCGCUGUGGAACGUUCGCGGUCCGGCGUGGUGA